UCACAAAGUAAUCACCAACGGAGAAGGAAUUUCAAAUUCUUUGGGCGGACAAGGAAUAAAAAAUCCGAGGGAAAAAAUCAAACCUUGGGUUGAUCUCCAAUGUCGGAUUCAAAGUCUUCGAUUAAGUCGAAAAGGCAGUCGAUGUUGGACUCCGACAUGGCUGCGGCGGCUCAACAGCUCAUUCAACUGGGCGACGAAGACAACAGCAACGAAAACAACAAGGGGAUCAGAAGUGAAACAAAGGUGAUCAAAAAGCAAAGUCAAGAUGAGAUAGCUUCUGCAAAGAUAGAAGAGAUUUUUGGGGAAAAAGAAGAGAUUUCCAGAAAGAAGCGAAGGUAUCGGUCUGUCGAGAGUAUUUACAAGGAGACAAAGCCUGUUAAGGUUAACAACGACAAGAAUUCAUGGUAUUGAAGGUUUCUCUCUCUAGGAAUGUUAAUUAGGGUAAUCGAAUCUGCAGGUAUAAGCUUGUGCAAGAAACUAGGUUCUUGAUCAUUGGUUUAUUCUGGGUUUGGGUUAUAAAUCAUGAUCAUGAAGCUUAGUAAACUCGAUUUUAAUCAUUUUUUUAGGUUUCUAGUUAGGUUUUGGAUGACAGCAGUUAGCUUAAUCCGGGUCGUUUUAUUGAUUUAAUAUCUUCCAAGAGCGGAAUUAGGGAAAACUGUGUAUAUUUUGUUGCUG